AUGCAACGUCGCGCAGCGAACACGCCUGGACGGGAUCGGAGGAAGAGCAUACGGGCUCAAAGGGAAUCGACGUUUGAUAUCCUGCGGAAUUUGGGGAGAGCUCUGGCUCCUACAUCUCAGCCUAUAGAGUCAUCACCGCAUGUCCCGGAGCUGGAACCGGAGCCGCCGGUACUAGAUGAGAUUGAGGAGCUCGAUAAUGAACCAGAAGUUGAACGGCCCCGGCUUUCCUUGCCGAUAGGAGAGGUGGAAGAGGAAGAGGUGGCAAGUCCUGAGCCGCGUCCGCCUCGGCUUUCGUUGGCGUUCGAAGAAGAAGAUAUUACGGUUGAAUACCCUCGUCGAGCCACUACAGAAAAUGAAAAGGCGCGACUCUCUAUGAUGAGUUAUGGUGGUCCUCGAUUGAGUGAAAAUUUUGGCGACGCGACUAGGUUAGAGAGUGGCUCUGAAGCUGGUGACGAUACAGGUAUCGCGGACGAUGAUGAUAGGGAAGGUGAUGAAACUGUCAUCAGCCAAGGGGCUUUUGACAGAGGAGGAGAGACCGAAGAUCUGGGGCGGUUCAACUUGGACUUUAAUUUCCCAUCCCCACCCCCACCUGCAGAUGAUGACCUCCAAGAUGGGGCAAUGAAUGACGAUGAAGGCUUCGAGCUUCCAGAAGUGGAUUUGCAAGCAGAUACAGGGCUACCUUCUGAUGAUAGCAAUGGUGGUAUUGAGCCCCUUGCUAACUUCGCCAUGGAACCUGAUCUCUCUCCACACUUCUCGCCAGCACCAAUGAGUGAAAGCCCCGGAGUCGUCGGUGGAGGAUUGAAUGAAGAUCUCAUAGUGCCAGGCUCAAAGCAAAAGAAGCUCUCGCGACAUGGCAUCCCAGUCCCCAACAUGCCCACCGGCGUGAUCCGGAAGCUGGCCACCCGGUUUGCACCGGCAAGGGCUGGGUCGAAAUCUAAAAUCAACAAAGCAACCUUGGCAGCAAUCGAGCAAGCGUCAUCAUGGUACUUUGAACAAGUGAGCCAAGAUUUGGCUGCCUACUCCAAGCACGCCGGACGAAAGACAAUCGAUGAAAGUGAUGUUACCACUCUCAUCCGAAGGCAACGCCAUAUCAACAACUCAACCACAAUGUUCUCUCUGGCACAGAAGCACUUGCCCAAGGAACUCUUGCAAGAUAUGAGACUGGCAAUGCCGCCAUAA